UACGACGAGAAGGGCGUGCGGAUCAAAAUUGGCGGACGCCAGCUGAAGACCGACGUCGACGAAGAAAUUCCAUUCGAGGAUGGCGAAGAGGUCUUCGACGAAGAAGCGGCCGCCGACGAAGAGGUCGAGGAAGAGGAAGACACCGAAGAGGAGAUCGACGAAGAAGUCGAAGAGGAGCUCGAGGAAGAAGAAGCGGACGAGGAAGUUCCGAUUACCCGCGUCGAUAAGGCUCAGGAAUCGGCGCUAUCGGUCAAGAACAGCAACAGCAAAAAACAGAAGCAAGAAGAAGAUCGCAAAAACGUCAUGAGCGAGCUCGACAGCGCCGCCAAUGGCCGUGCGAAUCCGAAAAACUACGAGCUUCCGCCGAUCGAAUUGUUGAUUGAAAGCGAUGACUUCAGCUUCGAAGAGCAAGAGAAAGAAGUUCGCAAGAAGGCGAAAGUUCUCGAGAAGACAUUCCUCAACUUUGGCUUCAACGUGAAGGUGGUCGAGAUCGAAACCGGUCCGGUCAUUGCCCAGUACGAAGUCGAACUCGAAGCAGGCCUGCGUCUUUCCAAGAUCACCGGGCUCGCGGACGACUUGGCAAUUGCCCUGCGUGUUCCGAGCGUUCGUAUUGUCGCGCCGAUUCCUGGGAAGAACACUGUUGGGAUUGAAGUGCCCAACGACGAGCGGCAGAUGGUCCGCCUGCGCGAGGUGAUGGAAGAAGCCAGCGGCCGCAUGAACAAGAUGAAAGUCCCCAUCUUCCUAGGUAAGGAUGUGUCGGGGAACUCGUUGGCGGUUGAUCUCGCAGCGAUGCCUCACCUUCUGAUCGCCGGUCGAACAGAUGAAGUGCGAAUGCUGAUGAUUGACCCGAAGAUGGUCGAAUUGUCUUGCUAUCGUACAUUACCGCACUUGAUGCACCCGGUGGUGACCGACAUGAAGAAAGCCGAAGCCAUCUUGGCUUGGGCGGUCGAGAAAAUGGAAGAGCGUUACCAGCUUCUGGCCCAAGUAGGCGUGCGACAUCUGAGCGCGUUCAAUGCGUUGGGUGAAGAGGAAAUCUGGGACCGCAUGGGUGCCGAAGACGAAGGGGAACGCAACAACGUCGCGACCCAUCUGCCGUAUAUCGUGAUUGUGGCGGACGAAAUCGCCGACAUGAUGAUGACUGCCGGCAAAGAGGUGGAGCAGCACAUCAUUCGUCUCGCUCAGAAAUCGCGUGCGGUGGGUAUUCACCUGAUUCUCGCCACGCAGAAGCCAACUGUGGACGUGAUCACCG